AUGAGUUCUUCUUCUUCUACCUCUUCUUCUUCUUCUUCUUUUCUUUUUCUUAUUCUUAUUCUUCGUUUUCUUCUUUUUCGUCUUAUACUUUUUCUUCUUUUUCGUCUCCUUGUUUUUCGUCUUCUUUUUCUUCUUCUUCUUCUUCUUCUUCUUCUUCGUCUUCUUUUUCUAUCUCUUUUUCGUUUUCUUCUUCUUCUUCUUCUUGUUCCUCUUCGUCUUCUAUCUCUUCUUCUUCGUCUUCUUUUCUUCUUUUUUUCUUCUUUUUCGGCUUCUUUAAUCUUUUUCUUUUUCGUCUUCGUCGUCUUCCUUUACCUCGUCUUCUUUUUCGUAUCAUUCUUUUUUUUCUUCUUCUUCUUUUUCUAUCUCUUUUUCGUUUUCGUUUUCUUCUUCUUCUUGUUGUUCCUCUUCGUCUUCUUUGUCUUCUUCUUCGUCUUCUUUUUCUUCUUCUUUUCCUUCUUUUUCGGCUUCUUUUAUGUUUUUCUUUUUCGUCUUCGUCGUCUUCUUUUUCUUCGUCUUCUUUUUCGUAUCAUUCUUUUUCUUCUUCUUCUUCUUCUUCUUUUUCUAUCUCUUUUUCGUUUUCGUUUUCUUCUUCUUCUUCUUGUUCCUCUUCGUCUUCUUUUUUCUUUUUCGUCUUCUUUUUUCUUUUUCUUAUUCUCCGUCUUCUUCUUUUUCGUUUUCUUUUUCUUCUUCUUUUCGUCGUCGUCAUCUUUUUCAUCAUCUUCUUCUUCUUCUUCUUCUUCUUCUUCUUCUAUCUCUUCUUCUUUUUCGUUUUCUUUUCUUCUUCUUCUUCUUGUUCCUCUUCGUAUUCUUUUUCUUCUUUUUCGUCUUCUUUUUCUCCGUCUUCUUCUUUUUCGUCUUCUUUUCCUUCUUCUUUUCGUCGUCGUCUUCUUUUUAGUCUUUUUCUUUUUCGUCUUCUUUUUCAUUUUCUUUUUCGUCUUCUUUUUCAUUUUCUUUUUCUUCUUCUUCAAUUAA